GGAUAAAAAAAGAAAAAAAGGUAAGAAACAUUCAUCACGCGGAUUACGUUUCUCCUUAGUACCAUAGGUCUCAUAAAAAUCCAGUCAGUCAGCCAGCCAGAGUUCCAAAAUCACGUAUUUUCUUGUAAAUCUUGAGCACCCUUCAGCAGACGUUCUUCUUCCGAAUGCUUCCCUUCAUGGUUCACGCCGAUGCUCCAUCGUAAAUAUCCAUCGUGUCUUCCUUCUUUGUUCCGGUUUAUUCGCUUAAUUCCCGUUGCGCGAUUAGUUAUCGUUCAAAUCUUUUUUUCUAUUAACAAUAUUUCUCUAUUAAUAAUAGUUUUGUAUCGCCGCAAUUUUUAUCAUAUGUUUUGCGAAGAAAUUUUUAGACGUCGAUUAGUUCGAAUGUUCUAUUUGAAACAACCGAGAGAAUUACAAACACGUAUCGUUAUUAUUUAUAAUUAUUCCGCAACAGCCUAUACCUAUAAUUAUUUAUUAUUGAUAAUAAUACGUACUGACUAUUUAAACGCUUCGGACAGGGCAUUUUAACGUAGGAAAGGCUCAAACUCGUAUUUAAUUUGUUAGUUCGUUAGUUACGAAUUUUUUGACAAUUUGUGGAAAAUUGAGAAGAAAAGCUAACCUAAACGUUGUUCUGUGUUUACAUGAUUUUGUCCUGAAAACCUUGUCUUUUCUUAGAUUCGUAUAGAUAUUUUGAGACGAUAGAUAUAAUAUUCCCUUGACGGUUCGCUGCAGCGCUUUAUUGCAAGUAUCUAUCUAUCUAUCUAUCUAUCUAUCUAUCUAUCUAACAUUUCUUCUUUACACGUUUCUCCUCCUCUUUCUUCGCUUAAUUCCCGUCGCGCUACGAGUUAACGUUAAGUUUGUGUCCACGCUGCUUUAUGCGAAGAAUCUUCGUUCGCGCGUGAACAUGGUUCAUUACGAAUUCUUGCCGCGCUUCUUAGUCGUCUUGGCGUUUCUAUAAAUUGUGCCGGCCCUGAACGAGCCUGAAAUUUCACGGAAUAUUCGUUAAUUAUUCACGAGAACGCAGGCAGACGAGCCCGCUUUUUAACGCGAGUUAGCAUCUGGCUUUUGUUUCGCUCGGAGCUAAUGCUACUUUCGUUUAAGUCUGAUUGGUGAUUAGUGCGAGAAAGGCUGUAUUUGCGAGGCUUAUUUGCGAAUUUUUGGUUAUUACGAUAAACCGCUGUUAUCGCAACUUUAUUCGGACACGAGGUUUUUAUUCGUCAAAUCCCAGUGAAAAUUUGUAAAUAUUAUUAAAAAAUAUCACUAAGAAAGGAAAGAAAGAUUUGGCAAAUUGAUACAACAAACGCUCAACAUAUUAUUAUGUAUUGUAACAACCUAAUAAGUUAGCACUGACAAGAUUGUAUAUCCAAGAACGCAAUAAAACCGAAAAAGGAAUCCGAUAAAAGCGAGCAUCUUUGUACUUUAAAUGUACGUAUCGAGACGAUUAAGUGCAAGCGAAAUAAAGCGACCGUUUGCCUCGUAUUCCGUUGUAAACGAUAAUAUCGUCAGGUGACUAUUCGAUUGCCGAUGAAAGCGAAGGCAAGGUAGCGAUAAAUAACGCAUCCAACGAAAUAAGAGAGGUUCCUUCGUCCGUGGUAUUAUCUGACGAUGAAAUGGAAAGAGUUGGUACAUCCAUCGCGUCGUUGCAUCCCUCCUCGACAUUCCCUUACUCCCAUUUACCAGCGUUUCUUUUUAUAGCCGCCGCCGCUGCCGCCGCCACCGUCGUUGUCCUUUGCUUCCUCCGUCGGUUGGUUUCUCGCGUAAAGACUGUUAGUGCCGGGCUACGCCGCGCCGGGUCGGUCGUCGAACUCCUCGUGACUCAUCCCGGCGUCUUCUCCUUAUUGAAUAAGAAUAUUAUUUUGUGCUAAUGAGAAUCAUAAUACAGCAGCCACUCAACUAAACACGCACGGAUAUUGUCGACACCUGUGAAUGAAAUAGCGACGAACCUGAGCGUUUUUAUGUUGUGACUGGUGGUGUCAAUGGGUAAUUUUAAGGAAAAGCUUUGACGCUUUAUUUGGCUUACUUUCUAGUUUGAUAUAUCAAUUCUAGGAGAAUUGUUAAUUUGUGGAAAAUUGAAACGCAAAUCUAAGUUAAACGUUGGUUUUGUUUUCCUGUGGAUUUUUCGUGAAAACGUUGGUUUCUUCCUUCGUGUAGAAAUUUGAUGACAGUUGGUACGUGUACGAAUGGACUAUCAUCACUCCAUAGUCUACUUGUGAAAACUCGUUGAAACCGAAAUUUUCUUUUUACAAAUACGUAGUUUUUUUUUUAAUUCUAUAAAAAAUAUCGUGUUAUGAUCGUUAAGAUCGUUUGUAUAGAUUACGAUAUUCUACUGCCUAUUCCUAAAAAAUCGAAGGCCAAUUCAAAUUUUAUUCAGAUUUCACGGAAUAUCGCUUGUUCUAAGUUGGAUUAAGACGAUUCAUUUCCAAUUUGUGACACACAGAAAUCGAAAUUAAAGUAAGCGUUAUCGCGUUUGUUUCGAUUUCUUAUAACGACCUAGCUAUUCUUUAUUUCAUAGAAAAGUCGUGGAACUCUUGUUGUCUAAAUAGAUGAUGAAUCGAAACCUACAAAGUUUAUCUUAUCUUUGCAAGUUUCUCAUACAAAGCUAAUUUUUAUUUUUCAUUUUCCUAUGUAAAUUCUAGGACGAUCGUCGGGUAUAUAGAUGGACAAUCGUGUCUGUGAGAAAUCGUUGCGCGAUUAACAUGAGACGAAUUAAUCGUUGGAGAAACGAACAAUGCUUGCCUGAGAUUACGCUACGAACAGAUUGUUGAACACUCGUUCUUUAAGACUGACGGAACCAACAGGAAACAUUCACGACGGUAUCGGCAACUACACGGCGGACGUAAAGUGUUCCUGGUUGAUCGAGAGCAACCCAAACUCCACGAUACGGAUGCACGUGGAGCAAUUCGCGACAGAAUGCGGUUGGGACCACAUGUACAUCUACGACGGUGACAGCGUCGAGGCGCCGUUGGUUGCCGUCUUCUCCGGAUUGAUGCACAAAGAUGGCUACCACAUACGGCGCGUGCCGGAAGUAAUCGCGCGCUCUGGAACCGCGCUGCUUCACUUCUACUCGGACGUCGCAUACAACAUGAGCGGCUUCAAUAUCAGUUACAAGAUCAACGCCUGCCCUAGCAGGUAUUCGCACACUGACUGUUCCGGCCAUGGAGUCUGCAUCGACGGUGUGUGUACGUGCGAUGCCACGUGGACCGGUGAAGCUUGCGAGAUUCAAGUUUGUCCAAACAAUUGCUCCGAUAAUCACGGACAGGGCGAGUGUAACCGCGAGAGCCAUCAUUGUGACUGCGUGCACGGUUUCAAGGGUUCCGACUGCAGCCAAAGAAGCGAUCGUGGAUUCUGGGAAAGCGUAUCCUACAAAAAUUUGUCACCGGAAGGUUCGGCUAGUCAUUGCUCUAUCGUUUGGAAGGAUUCCUUAUACAUAGUCGGCGGUGAGAGCUUUCAUCGCGCAAAAAUGAUCAACGUUUAUGAUUUCAAUGGAAACGUCUGGGAGACCCCUCACGUCGAGGGUAAGGUUCCUCAGCCUCGGUACGCUCAUUCGUGCAUACUCUUUGGCGACAAGAUAUUCAUGUACGGUGGUGUACUGCCUAAUUCUACGGUGACCAAUGAGAUCUGGGCGUUCGAUGUGUCGGCAAAAGUCUGGGAGAAUGUAACGGUGCACGAUAACUUCCAUAACAACAAAACCAUACGUGGUGGUCCUUUAAAGGUAGCCGGACACUCUGCAACCUUGGUACACGGAAAAAAAGAAAAGAUGGUGGUGAUAUUUGGCUAUUCGCCUCAGUAUGGUUAUCUGAAUGAAGUUCAAGAAUGUUAUUUGGGUACUCGUGAGUGGCAAAUUGUGGAGACUGCUGGAUUCCCUGUGAAGGGUGGUUAUGGUCAUACAUCUGCCUAUGAUCCGUUGACGAAUCUCAUCUACGUGUACGGAGGAUACGUAUCAGAGACACAAAUCACACAGGUGUUAACCAGUCGACUAUACUCCUAUCAUCCUAUUAAUCGUGAAUGGAGGUUGCUCACGUCAGCGCCAUCGGCUCGUUUCUUUCAUACGGCUGUAUUCGUUUCUGGUGGCUUGAUGAUCGUCUUUGGCGGUAACAUGCACAACGAUACGCAACAUUCGGACGGAACGAGAUGUUAUUCAGCGGAUACAAUAGCGUACGACGUUACGUGCGACUCGUGGCAUCAAUUUUCUAUGCCUAAAGAGAUGACCGAUCUGCCUAGGUAUGGACAUAUUGCAACUGUAUUUGAGAAGUCUAUGUACAUUUAUGGAGGAUUCGAUGGACAGAUGUUAUCUGACAUGUCAAGGUACACACCAGGGAACUGUGAGCACUUGAUGAAUCAGAAUCAGUGUUUGAACGCAAGGACAGGCGUGAAGUGCGUGUGGGAUAAGAGAGAGAAUCGGUGUAUACAGAUCACCAAGAUACCCCGACACGUGCUUCUUAACGACGACAUGCACGACGGAAUUUACAUGAGGUGCUUAGACGAUACGCCACCUCGUGGGAUGACGUCCCACAAGGAAUUAUGCAAACUGCUCACAGACUGUGUGGCAUGCGUACAGACUUCGUACAAUUGCGUAUGGUGCGGCAAGAGUUGUUCGUACGAGAUUUGCCGAGACAACGCUAACGCACCUCCGACAAAGGCGAUCACCGAUCUGGCACAAUGCGACCUUCAUACUGGCAUAGAGUGUUUACAAUUGCACACGUGCCAUGCGUGCUCCAGUAAUCCACAUUGCAUCUGGUCUUGGUCGAAUGGACCUGAUCGGUGUAAGCCGUACUCGAAGGCUCGAGACCAAGUGACGAUUUUAAACGGAACUAUUCAAGCGCAGAGGCUGUCCAUAGACUCUUGUCGCAGUCCUUGCGUAGACUACACUUCCUGUAAAAAUUGCACAGAGUCUGAUUGCAUCUGGUGUCAGAACGAGAAGAAAUGCGUGGACAAAAAUGCGUACCCCGCGAGCUUCCCUUACGGGCAAUGUCGCGAGUGGACUACGAUCGAUGCGAAAUGUCGGCCGACGGAAACGGGGAAAGAAUGGUGCACGUUUUAUUCGUCUUGUACGACGUGCCGCUCCGAUCCUGGAUGUGGAUGGUGCGACGAUGGUUCAGGGACAGGAAAGGGACUCUGCUUGCCAGGUGGGGCUCGUGGUCCAAGUAGUAAAAGCUUGGACGCAUGCCCGGCCGAACGAUGGUACUUCACUAAAUGCCCUGUUUGCCAAUGCAACGGGCACAGCAAGUGUCUCUCGAAUAGCAGUAUAUGUAUCCAACCGUGUGGAAAUUUAACAUACGGACCUCACUGCGAUAAAUGCAUUCCCGGCUAUUACGGCAAUCCACUGAAUGGAGCGACUUGUCAACCCUGUUUUUGUAAUAAUCAAGGCACGCAGUGUACCAGCGAGACGGGCAAAUGUUUCUGUACAACGAAAGGCAUUAUCGGGGAUCAUUGUGAACGAUGUGACGUAUCUAGCCUUUACCACGGAGAUCCUACCAAUAAAGGAUCGUGUUUUUAUGAUCUGGCGAUUGAUUAUCAAUUUACAUUCAAUUUAAGUAAAAAAGAGGACCGUCAGUACCGAGCGAUCAAUUUUAAGAAUUCUCCGCCAAAACCCGAUAUCGAUGCUGAGUUUUCCAUUACGUGUUCUGUAUUGGCUAAAAUGAACAUCACCGUGAAGAGAGGCAACACGCCGGAAAUACCGUUGAUUCUUGGUGCGAAUUGCACCACCAGCAUGUACAAGCAUCGAUUUAUCAAAGACGGUUACGGUUUCGGUAGCGAGAACAAUAAUACAUUAACCACGUUUUAUGUUUACGUGUACGACUUCCAGCCGCCUGUGUGGAUUCAAAUUUCCUUCUCGCAAUAUUCCAAACUCAACUUGCAACAGUUCUUCAUAACAUUUUGCACAGAUUACAUGCCUAGGUGCUUCCUCGCUCUCCUGUUGGUGGCUGCUAUCCUUUGGAAGAUUAAACAAAAAUAUGAUAUGUACAGAAGAAGACAGAGAUUGUUCGUAGAAAUGGAGCAAAUGGCCAGUAGAGCGUUUAGCCAGGUUUUGGUAGAAAUCGAGAGGCGGGACAUCGAUAAUUCUGACUCCGAGCGAAACGAGUCCGAGUUAAUCAAUUGCCGCAAGAAGAAAAAGGAUGCCCCUAGUCCGAUCGCGUUGGAGCCCUGUUGCGGUAACAGAGCAGCGGUCCUGUCGUUGCUAGUCAGACUGCCUACUGGCGGUGAACCUUAUACGCCAGCUGGUCAGAGCGCUGGUUUAGCCGUAGCAUCUGCGUUAGUUACGCUGGGUAGUCCGCGGAGGCCUUCUCAGGAAUUGACGACGAAGGAACCGACAAAAACACGAAAGUCUGCCAGUCAACACCCAGAUUCCACAUGCAUUUAGCGAUAAGGGCACGAAAGUAGAGACUUUUAAAGUGGGUGACUAUAUGAGCCUUAGACAUGUUUCUGUGAUCUUGCCUUAGCGAACGGGCAGGACUGUUCAAACUCUUCGAACUCUGAUAGAGUGAAGUGUGUAAUUAUUCAUUAAUUAUUGUUCUUAAUUUUUUUUUUUUUUCACUUUUUCCGUUCUUUUCAUUUUUGUUCGUUCCGCGACGAAUCUUCGUUUCAAUCCGUAUUUUCCAAGGUGAAAAUCGCGUCCGUCAUGCUCAACGGGUCGGUCAGUUAAGUGGUUCUACUAGUGUAUGGAUUUUCGUUGUGAAACGGGGGCCGGCCGUGUUUCGUUCAGCCGAUAUUUGGUAAGUAAAUUAAGUCCAUGAAUCGUAAAUCCACGGCAUAACGUGUGGGCAUAACACGCUUGACGGAUUCGAGAUUCCUUUCAUCGUCAUUUUAGUUCUUUCGUUUUUGCCGUGACGAUGUACAGUGUUGUAUAUAGAACUGUCCUGCGGUUUAUUUUUCUUCAUUUACACGUUGCGAUCGAACGGAAUCGAGUUUGUCCCGCGAUCAUCGACGUGUAUUUGAAAAAGGGGAUAUAAGAAUAGAGAUCGAACGUUGUAAUAAAGUUAAUAUUCAGCGCUGUCCUUUAGUUACAAGUUUCGGUGAAUCCGCGGGAGUGGUGGCUGAAAAAAUUAGCGACAGAUAUCGGCGAACGAAAUAAUGUACGUAUUGAGAAAUUUGAUUUGCCGGAUAUAGUACAGACGUGUAAUUUUCGUUCUUCGUUUUUCUUGUAUAGUUGUGUAAAUACGUGUAUGUUGUAUAUCCCAAGUGAAAGAUCAUGAUCAUGACACACGCGAAUUGUACAGAUAUAAAAUUGAUUCGAAAGAAGAAGGAAAGAAGCGGAAAGCGAGUGACAAGGAAUAUAUCAUCUUUUGUGUAUUUGUCUCUUUCUAGUAAGCGGUGAAGAAUCAAUUCUAAAUUAACGGAAAUGAAUAGAGGCGUAUCUUCGUAUUCGGUAUACCUAUUUAUCUAUUGUGCCAAAGCAUUUUUAUAUUGGUAUCGUUAUUAAAAAAAAAAAAAGAAAAAAAAGAAAAAGGGAGAAAAAAAGGUAUUAGAACGUCAUUGAUGUAGAUACGAAUUUUCAUUAACGAACUAAUUUUAAUCUCGAAUGACUGUCAUUAGCACAAGCAUAAAAGUCCAAUUUUUGGAUUUUUAUGACACGGCAGAAUUCAUUCCUUUCAUUGAUUUGUCUCUAUUCGUUUCCAUAGAGAAAGGAUUCUUUAUACGAUCGAAAGAUACGAAUCAAGGAAGUUGUCCAUUUUGCGUCGAGAUUUCUUUCUUUCAAAUACGACAGCGUAAUUUCGAUCGUAUAACGUCCAACGUAAUUUUAACGUAAUAACGAAGUGGGAGGGGGCGGGGCGGAGGAAGGAGAAGAAGAAUGUGGACGUUGCAAUAAACUGUAAGAAUCGCGGUUAUUCUUCGGUCGUCGAUAACGGUUUUUGUUUCGCUACAAGAUGGCAGUGCUGGUUGUUUCACGUACCAUGCCUAAAAAGCAGCGUUCAGACGCUCGAUAUUGUAAUCAAUAUUCGUAUGUGCCGACUAUAAUAUCGAUCGCGCGAACGCUCCUCCUUAACCUUAAAUAGGUUUAAAACAGAUAGAGAACGAAAAAAGACAAACAAACGUAUAUGUUACGUGGCUGUGGUUUAUUUUUCAUUUAACUAUGUAUUAUCUUUCUUUCAUUUAUUUUACCGAUAUAUACAAAUUUCGUAUAUUUUUUACGUGGCUAAUAAACGAUAGCUGCUUCCGUUCUGAAAUUUAGAAUGAUCUCACGUUCUUAUUUUCUGUUCUGAAUAUGGAAGCAGCUCUUACUAUCACGUGUUCCAUAAAAAAGAAAGAAAUUAUUUUGUGCAUUCUGCCGUGCAAAACAGUUUCUUAUAACUAACCUAUAACUUAAACCUUCAGCUCCAGCACUUGCAUAGCAUACACACAGAAUAUUUGCGUAUACGCGUCGUCUAUUUUAAUCUCAGCUCCAAUAAUAGAGUUUUUAAUGCGCGUGCAAUUAUUUUAUCACACUGUUCGUAAUAAUUACGGGAUCUCCUGCUUGUUGCACGGAAUACGUACCAGAAAAGAGAGAAAAAUACCGAAUAUAGGAUUAUCCGUUGUAGAACUUUUUAUCUAAUUUUCUUUUUAUUCGCAUAGUCGAGAUCAGCUUUCAAUGUUCAAAUUUACUACGGUUAAACAGAGGAUCCUGUAAUUAUUUUGUGCAUGGUAUAAGACUCGAAUACACCAAGAGUGUCGAUUUAGCAUCUUUAAGUUUUGGUCGAACUUUCUUUCAGAGCACCAAACAUUUUUAACCGAUUUCUAUAUGUUUUGACAGUAUAUCACGAAUACUGCGUAAAAGUAUCAGUUACGAAUCUAAGAAAACUAAUAUAUUUUCUGUUUCUUUUAUACACAUCCCUACGGCUAAUACCAGAUCCGCCAGAUAUUUUGUUUUCAAUGACUUCUAGAUUAUUCUUCCCGCAUCAGUGGAAUUUAUCAAGUUUCCGAGAUUUAUUCAAAUUAUACCUCGACGCUAUAAUUUAUUAUUCCGUGAAUGCAUCCUUGUGCUUUGGGAUCCAACGUAAUUCUUAAAAAUAAAUUUCGUAACUCCAAAAUUAGUACUUUUAAUCAUGAUUUGUUGAGUUGAAUAGCGUUAAAAAGUAUAGACACCGGUGAAGAAUCUUUGGUGUCCAAAAACGAGGUUUACCCUCGAAGUUUUCACAAAGAAUACGAGUGAUGUAGGCGGUUCUUUCGUCCUUUUCUUUUUUUUUUUUUAUUUUAUUUUAUUUUAUUUUAUUUUAUUUUAUUUUAUUUUAAUCGUUGUAUAGCACAGGAUCAAGUGCAAUGCAUUACGUUUUACCAUGUAAUACUCAUCGAGUUUCUUUCAUUCUCUCUACUAUACUCGAAGCCUCUUAUUGUGAGGGUGCAACCAGACACUAACCAAUACGUUGUACAUGAUUUAAAUUGUGACAAAGUUACCCCUACUAUUUUCAAGAAUCGUUAUUACCUUAUCAGAAAAAGAGAAUAAGAACUAUUUACUCUUAUCUCUUGAUCGCGCUCUGGUUGCACUCGUAUAGAGAAUAGUGUAUAUUUUAUUACCGUAAAGAUAAUUUAAUUUUUUAUACGACUGUUUUAUUUUUGUUUGUUCUCUUUCUUUUCUCUCUCUCUCUCUUUCUUUUUUCUUCUUUUUCCCUUUUUUAUUUUUUUUAACAGUGUAAUAAAAGCGGCGAACUUUCUUUGUUCUGCGUAAGAAUUUAGUUGUACAUAAUACGAGUAUAAAUAACGUUACAUUAUAUUUAAUGAAAGUAGGAGUACAUAUAUUGGAUAAAUUGCUCAACUUUUGAGUAGAUCCAUCUUUAUUACUUUCGACGAUAGUUUUCUCUUUUACCAAUCCCUUUUCUUUUUAUAUUUAAAAGUUAAGUUUCUGUUCACUCGAGGGGAAAGUAUUUAAUACAAUGCCAAGAAAUAUACAAGAUGAGAGAAAUAUUCGUGAAAAAUCAUUAGAAGACGAUGCUUUGAUCGAUGAAUAUUCUUCGCCCCCGUUCUCUUUUUUAUUCAUUGCAUUUAUCGAGUUGUCUUACUGCCAACCUUUGUCUAUUCCUUACUUAACUUCUACGAUCUAUCCGUCUUCGAACGCAAAAUGCCUACCAUUCAUUCAUACGUUUAAUCGUUGGAACCUGUUGCUGCCAGGAAUUUUUUUUCGGUGCGUGGUUAUCAGGCAAAUCUUUGUCUCGAAACUUUGUCCAUGUAUUAAAAAUUGAAAUUGAAAACAAUAUUUUUUUUCUUCUAAAGCCAAUAUCUUUGAAAAAUAAUGGAGAAAUUACGGGUAAUUAUGGAUUUUACUGUAUCGUGGCCUCUAUUGUACCAAUUGAGAGUCAAAGACAAUAUAACGAUAGCGAAAGAAGAUCUACAAGUGUACGACUGACUUCAAACACGCUAUAGCUUCGAAAGUCACAGAUGACAUUCUUGAUACUUGAAGCAGCGCUGGGGCUAACCAUGUAGACCCUAAACUAGGACAAAAUCGCACACCGUUGUUGUUCAUACACGUGAUCUACUCUUCUUUAAUUCGUCCAGAGAUUUAGCCCUUUACUACUACUGUAAAAUGAAGAUAUAUUUCUUCUUCAGUGAUUGACAUUAAACGUUUAGUUUUUAUAGAAAAGAAAAUCAGACAUAAACGAAUGACACACGAAUUUUCUGGAACGGUGUUGCUCAGUUUGGUUUUUAAGUGACUUGUCAGUUCAUCGAUAUUAUCGGUUGAUCGAUUACGUAUUAUGCAAAGAAGUUUGCACUCGAUAGGAGAAGCCAAGGAUUAGUCGUAGUAUACUAAAGAGACAGAGACCAUGGGAAAGAAAGAGAAAGAAUUGAAUAGCGACAAUUUCGAAGAACGUUGUUCGGUUAAUGCGUUCAUAUAAUUCAGUCAUAGCGUAUGUAAUAAACUAGACCAAAUCUCUUAGAUCGUUAAUCCGUAAGGACGGGCGAUUAUAGCGUUGGACGUACGCAGUAUAAAUACGAUGUUUCCCAAAUGCCUUCGAGUUCUGUCGAAAGUAGAAAAAACAGAGACAUCGUCAUCGUCCAACGUCAUCGUGCAAUGUGUCUCGUAUUGAUCCUUGGACGAAGGAAACGCGCGGUUUAGUGUUCAACGUUUUUAAAGGAAUAUCGGAUGGAGAAAUGGAAUGGGAAAUGACGUAAUAAAAUUAUAUUGAUGUCCGUCGUGGGAUUUUAAAGGGAUUGCGAAAUUUUCAAGAGACAAGAUCUGUAUCUAGGGCCUAGGUUAUGGCGGAUCUGUACACGGUCUAGGAUUCGUAGUAGCUCUUCGGGACUUUCGAGUCGAGGUCUCUAGAACGUUUAAGGCAUCCAAGAUACUUGGAUCUACGGGAAAGCUAAACUUUGAGAGCUUUCAAAGUCUCUAGAAUCUUUGUAAUCUUCAGAAUCGUUAGAAUUUCUGGACUAGAAUAUCACUGAGAUUGAUAAGAUGCUUCUAGGAUAAAUAUUGCUUCCGUUCUACACAGAACGUCAAGGAUUUCGACUAUCUGUAUAACUCGUGAGAUUUCUAUGAUUUCUAGGACUUUUCUUUUUCUAAUAAUCGUUGUUAAUUAAGGAUCUCCAGGAUUUCUAAAACUUGUAGGAUCUUUAUCCCGAUGCUAAAGCUCUUAUUAUCCUUGAAACGUCCUCUAGCAACUUGAAGACAUCUCUGGGAUUUCUUUCCAACAUCUCUAGCUAUAUGUAAAUAUGCGCAUUUAGACCUUUGAAAAUUGAAAAAACGACGCGACAUCGAUAUAUUAUAAACACGAUUGUUCGUCCAUUACAGGAACAGGAUAAAGAAAAAUUAUUCAUAUUCAUUUACCAUAUUCCAUGUUUUCUUCCUUCCCCUUUUAUUCCCCUUAUUCUCUUUCGAAGAUGAUCGACGAGAUUGAUACAAGAAUUUUUAUUCGUAAGCUCGCGGUCCAGCCUCGAACCGAGUUUGGCGUUUAACGUUUAAGAAUACUUAACUUAACGUGUAAGUACGAUAGGUAGGUAGGUAGGUAGGUAGGUAGGUAGGUAGGUAUAUUACAAUAACGAGUAUAGCUUGCAACAACAAUUUUUCUAGGACACAAUUGAAAAUAUUUAUUUUUAUUCAAUCGUAAGCGUAAGGGUACUGUUUGAUAAAACGACAAAAAAAAUUAAACGAAAUAAAAUGAAAUAAAAGAAAGAAAGAAAUAAAUGAAAGAAAAAACGGUGAACCAUUAUUAAUUAUAAGAGGGAGAAAGAGAGAAUGCGGUAGCGAGUAUACGUUAAAAUAAAAGUAUAUACGUAAUACUGUGCAAAAGUCCAGAAAUCUAGAGACCAUCCAUUAAACGAAAAUGUUUCAGCGAUAUUUUAUUAGAAACUGUCAGAAAUCCAAGACUUUUCGAUUAAAUCGUAAAAGAAGAAAAAAUGUUGUCAUUGUCGAGCAGAUAAUAAUUUUCUGUGGCAAUAGCUGUUUUCAUAACAAAUAUCACAAAAAUGUAAUACAUUUCUCUGUCUUGUUAUUCUUCGAUAUGUAAAUUAAAAUAGAUAGAUAGCGUAGGACUUUUGCAGGGUAUUUUAUUUCUAGAACUUUUUGCGUGUACAGCUCCGUUUAAAUCAUCGUACACACAUACAUAAAUUAACGAACGGAGAAUCGAACACACCUACGACAACACAUAGAGGAUAAGAGAAUCGUUACUCUUAAAACACGUGUGCUCGGCGUUCCUGUAUAUGUACGUGUAUGUUGCGCGUAUGAUAAUUGAGUCGGCGAUACAGAUUGUGCGCAGGAUGUUAUCAUUGCCUUGUUGUCAUAGUUCUCAUUAACGUCAUCUGUUAGGAAGAGAGGAAGCACUCCAAUUGUCAGAGUUCAGGGUCUUACCGGCGUUGUAAGUGGAAAUGACCCGUCACUAGUCCGACACUAUCGUCCUCUCUCUCUGCAUACGUUUCGAAGAAUAUACAUACAUACGUAUAUCGAAUAUUUUGAAAUUAUUUUAUAGCAUUUUCAAAUACAUACAACUGUCGUAAAAUAUACAUAUGUAUUUACAUACUGUUUUUUUAUGUUAGAUAAAAUGGUAAUAAAUUUAUUUAUCGUAUACCAGCAUUUUGAUAUAUUUUAAUUCGUGGAAAAUUGGUAAUACGAAGCGGAACAACUGCGAAGAAUUUCCGUCUGUAUUGUUAAAUCGUAUUGUUACAUUUUAUUUCAAAGUUUCAGUUUUCCAGACACGUAUAUUUUUAUUCCAAAAUUCAGAUAAACUUUGUCUCAAAGUUCUAGGUAAGAUACUUUCUCUUACUUUAAAAUUCUAUCCUAAAAAAGGAAUAUAAAUGAUUAACUUUUUCAUCGAUCGGGGAUUCAAGUGCGGCUACACACGGAUCGACUGGCGAGAAAUUUUAGUCAAACCACAUCUACGUUAGGCAGCCACGAUUGAAACGAUCAAGCCGUUUAACCAAAAAUAGAAGAAUGCGCUAUUUUUAGUCGGCGGACUAUGCAAGUUUUGAAUAAUUUUAAAGUUGCCUAAUGUAAACGAGAUUUAAGUCGUUCCAUGCGAUAGGAAAAAUUUGGUCUAUCAGUUGACUCAACCAAUUGCACAACCAACUGUCCGACCAAUUUAGUUGACCCGUGCGUGUCCGCUCUAAGAAUGCAACGAUACGAGCCUCGAUCAAAGUCAACAACAGUGUCGUAUCAAAGAGGUUAAGCGGUUAAAGUUAAGGAAAUAAAAUUACACCAUUUCUAUUCGCUGUAUAUUAUCACGCUUUAUAUUUCAAGUUAUAUAUUUUCUUUUCCCAAAAUUGUAAUCUACCAAAAGUUAUCGAUUUUUCCCUCUACGGUGACGUUAAAGAGAGCAAAUUGCAAAUUUUGAACUCUCUAUAUUAUUCGAUUUUGUUUCAAAUUUUUAUUCGACAUAUCUUUCAGAAAAAUCUUCAUUUACCGAAGAUUCUCUCAUCUUCCCUUCCAAAAAAAGAAGAAAGAAAAAAGAAGAAAAGUUUAUCAAUGAUUCAGAACAAAUAAUUAGUUUUCUUUUAUUUGGCUGAAGGAAUCGCUCCUUUGACAUUUGGAGUCUUCUCAGAACCGUCUGUUAAAAUCACACGAGCUUGAUUGCGAUUGUUCUCGUCUUAUACGUACGUGUCUUGUCAUUCGUAUAUACAUACAUAUAGUAGUAAUCGAAAUCUAUUUGCGGCGUUCAGUCGAGACGGCAAGAAUGGCUUCCGUGUACUAUAUUUAGUCUACGAUCAAUUCCCUCUUUCUUUUUUAUUCCCUCUUCGUCUAAUUUACUAGUGCGCAUAUGCAAAAAAAAGGGAUCAAUUCCUCUUCGUGAAAAAUAUAAUAUAAAGAACGAAAACGAAGCUUCGUAUCGUAUCGAUCGUUUAUCGGUUAUGGGAGAAUCGACGGCAGAUUUCACGUUAUUCGACGAAUUUGUAUACUCGUUUUAUUUGCUGAAAAGAAUAUGUCGAAUAAAACAAUAAUCUCUUGAUGAACGACUCGAUCGAAAUUUCUUCGGCAAGGUAUAUUCUUCCCACUUGCGUUCUAAUUUGUGUGUCGUCAUGUUCUUGCCCUCUUUUUCAUUGUUCAGCUAAUUAUUCUAUCGCUCUAAUCGCGUCACAUGCCCUUUGCAACGUCAAGGAAAAUGCAAUAAUCAAAGAAAAUUGAAAAUCGGUCGGUCGUUGGAUCUAAAGAACAAUGACGUAUACAUCGUAUAUACCGUACAUCUAUCUUUAUAUACAUACCUAUCUAUGGGAAAUUUAAAAGUGUAAAAACGAUAUACAGUACUUUCUAUGAUAUUUAACCUUUUAAACCUUUUACUCUCGAUUCGCUGUAACAAAUUAUUAGCUAACAAAAUGAUAAAGGUGCCAUUUCUUAAUUAAAUUAAUUAAAGGUCGUUCAUUUUUUACGAAACAUGUUGUGAUUUUAGCGCGUUAUGUUUGCCUCGUAAUCGCUUGAAUAAUAAGAAUAUCACACUAAACCUAUUUUCACCUCGAUUGAAAAAGGAUUACGAUCAAGCUUCUGUCUUAUAUGGGCACGGUUAACCGUCCGAGAUGUGCACCCUGUGUAAGAAACGGCUAGUAAUAAAUUCAUACGUGUACAUACUUUUACCGCUUAUCGUUAAACUCAUCGAGCUUCCUAUUUCAAAUAUCAUAAACACGAACACGAAAUGAUUUUUCACCUUUGCUUUUCGAGACAUACAUCAACGAGGUAUCACACAUGGCGAAACUGUAACGUCGCAGUUACGCUUUGUUUCGUUUUUGCAACCUUAUCGUACACAACUAAAAAUUCUAGAUAAAAGAACGUUACUAUUACGGAGUCAACGGAUUAAGAGAUGAAAGGAACAAAUACCAGCUUAGCUCCGUUUAUUCGCUUAUCUUUCAGAAAUAUACAAAUGUACGUAAAAACGCGUGGCCUAACACGUUAUACGUAUGUCAAUUUUUCCAAAACCUUGAAAGGAAAGAUCAAAACGUUUCUUUUUCGGAGAUCAACAGAAGAAUUGCCAAUGUGAUUCGAUGACGAUACUUUCUCAAACAGUGGCAAAUGUCAUUUUUUUCAAUGGAACUCUAUGAGAAAGAAGAAAAGCACGUAUCAUGCUCGUAUUUUUGCGCUGAAAAUUUCAACGAAGAUAGGCGAAAGGGAAAGCGAAAGAGAAAUUGUAUUGUAGAUUAUUAACAUGUACGAGUGUGAAUGUAGGAGUGGAAUAAAAUGUAUUGUAUUAUAUUAAACGAGACAGAUAUUGUUUAAAUAAAGGUGAUAUACAUAAAGUUUCUUCAUUAA